CUUUAAUAUGUAGCGACCGUCCGUCCUUUUUCAGUACAGUAUCUCAUUCACCCGGCAAUUUUACUGUACUUUAUCGUCUUUUUCUCUAGUAUUAAAUUAAUAUCGAGAUAAUUACCUGCUAGCGGCGAAAUGCUGGAAAUUGGAGCCGAUGUGGUGAAGGGUCAUGCCCGUUCUGGCAGCGACUCCAAAGCCUUCAUAGAAGCCACCAAAAGAGAUGCCUUACUACUUCUAGAAAGCGAACUAGGAAAACUCGUCGACACCGCUCCCCCAGUGCAACGAGAGCGCGUCCGUAAAGAGUUCGAUGGAUUCACUGAUCUGUUUAAAAGAUUCUUAGAGGAAACUGGUCCGUCUGUAAACUGGGACAAAAUCGAAAAGCUGCCCCCAGAUGCCGUGAGAGAAUAUAACGAUCUGGAAACUCCCACUGCGGACAUAAUACAUCAGAUGCUGAAUAAAUUGGUUGUUGUUAAAUUGAAUGGUGGUCUGGGUACUUCUAUGGGGUGCUAUGGUCCUAAAUCGGUUAUCACAGUACGAAACGACUUGACGUUUUUGGAUUUAACCGUGCAACAAAUAGAUUACCUCAAUAAAACCUAUAAAGUUAAUGUUCCUUUGGUUCUAAUGAACUCCUUCAAUACUAAUGCAGACACUGAGCAAGUUGUACGCAAAUACAAAAACUUAAACGUAGAAGUUCAUUGUUUCAACCAAUCCUGCCAUCCGCGUAUCAGCAAAGACAGCCUGAUGCCUAUAGCUAAAAAUUUAGAUGUAGAUCAUAAUUUAGAAUCAUGGUACCCGCCUGGUCACGGAGAUUUCUACGAAAGUUUCAACAAUUCCGGCCUCCUGUCCAAAUUCGUCAAAGAGGGCCGAGAUUAUUGCUUCAUUUCGAAUAUCGACAAUUUGGGUGCCACGGUGGAUUUGAACAUUUUGAAUUUGCUGAUGAACAGUUCGGAAAAAGAGCACGAAUUUGUAAUGGAGGUGACCGAUAAGACUCGGGCUGACGUCAAGGGUGGGACUUUGAUACAAUACCACAACAGGCUGAGACUGUUGGAAAUUGCCCAAGUUCCCAAAGAGCACGUGGAGGACUUUAAAUCGGUUAAAGCUUUCAAAUUUUUCAAUACCAAUAAUUUAUGGGUUAAAUUACCAGCCAUCCAACGUGUUCUGGAACAAAACGCGCUCCACCUGGAGAUCAUCGUUAACGGCAAAAGCCUCGAAAGCGGUGUUAACGUAAUUCAACUGGAAACUGCCGUUGGUGCUGCCAUGAAAUGUUUCAAAGGAGCCAUCGGCGUAAACGUUCCCAGAUCCAGAUUUUUACCUGUAAAAAAAACAUCCGAUCUUCUAUUGGUGAUGAGCAAUUUGUACAGUCUCAAAGGUGGAUCGUUGAGGAUGUCUCCGCAAAGAAUGUUUCCUACAACUCCUCUGGUCAAGCUGGGCGACAAUCACUUUUCCAAGGUCAGGGAGUUCUUACAAAGAUUCUCGAAUAUACCAGAUUUGUUAGAUCUGGAUCAUUUAACCGUUUCUGGAGAUGUUACGUUUGGUAGAGGAGUGUCUUUGAAGGGUACAGUGAUCAUCAUAGCUAAUCACGGGGAUAGAAUCGAUAUUCCUUCGGGAGCGAUUUUGGAAAAUAAAAUUGUCUCAGGAAACAUGAGGAUUUUGGAUCAUUAGAGAUCUGACAUUGGCCAGAGUAUCUAGUCAAUAAUUAUCGAUUAUUGCAUGUGUGAUUAUUUUCGUUAUUUGGAAUAUUUGUUGAAAUUAAUAAUUUGCAAAAAAUAUAUAUUAUAUUUAAGAA